AUGGUUGUGGACGUUGUAACCACAAGAAAGCCAUCCAAGCAUCGACAACGUCGAACCUGGCCACUUGUUUCUAACCGUCACCGCAGAAUCUCACCGCAAAUCGCAUCUCUCUUCUUCACAGCCGACGACAUGUCUCUGCAGUACCUUCCCUCUGUCAAGCCUUCGGCUAUUGCCAUUGGCACCAUCUUCGGCCAGGGCGCCGACUUCAUCCUGCUCCAGCCCAUCUUCGGUGACGCCUUCAAGCGCGCCAAGGAGGCCAACACCGCCGAGGAGUUCGCCAAGUCCAAGCAGGCUGCCUCUGCCGGCGUUGCCUGGGGCACCUCGUUCAUCGGCUCCGGCCUGCGCUCCUACGGCGUCGGUGCUCUGAUCAACGCCACCGGCACUCUGUCCUACAAGGGCGCCGCCUACCUCGGCACAUUGGUCUUCUUCGCGACCAGCGCCCCCGGCUACCUGAGCGAGAUCCUGGCCGAGAAGCGCCCUCUGGACCUCGUUGCCGCCAGCGUCGUUGUCCGCGUCCUUGAGACGGUCGGCCUUGCAACCCUGCUCACCUGGUGGGGCACGCGGCCGAGCAUCAUCUAA